UAGUAGUGUUAGGGGUACCAAAUUUCAGGGACUUGAAUGUAUCAUGUAUGCUACUCAGAAAUACUCGUAUGCAUUAAAUGAUUGUCUUCAAAAUUAUUCCAAGCAAUUUGCUUCUUAUUGGUAGGUUUUCAUUAAUUAUUUUUGUAAUAACAUUUGUAGUCCAGUACUGUAUACAUUAAACACUUUGAGUAUACUAUAACAGAAGAUAACCACCAAUCCACCAGUCCGGAGUCAUUAUGCCCGCUUAAUAUUGUCGUUAAUUUGUUACAGAUCUGAAAUAUGAUGCCCCUGGAUGAUACAUUUACUCAUUUUUUAUUUCAGUAUAUUAAACAAAAGUACAUAACAAAAUUAUAAAGGUAGUGGUAGCUUAAACAAGACCCAACCCAAAAAUGGUACCAGUAAAAUACUUAGAAAAUUAAGGGAGAAAUGAAGUGAGUAAAAAAAAAGUGAAGAGAAGUUGCAAAUGGAUUGAGGAAUGAGCACUAGAGUGUAGAGCAGGCAUUGGCAUUCAUUCAAAAAUGGUUUCUCUCUCUUACGUAGUUACAUUACAUAAAUACAUACGCUCCCUCUUUAGUCUUUAGUCUUUAUCUAGGGAGUAUUUAUUUAUCUCUGACAGCACCCGUGAAUCCAAUCCCCAAUCCCCCACUUUUGUCUAGUAUUAUUAACCCAGGAAUCCCCUUUAUCUGUUUACUCAUUUCUCAACUUGUUCUUGUUGAUAAUGGGGAAUCCUGUUCCGGUAGAAUUAAGCAGCAGUAGUGUGUUAUUAGGUUUGUUGGCCCUUUCAAGCUUGUUCUACAAUGCAGCUUCCACAACUUACUGGAGAGACAUCCUUGUUUUGAAGCAACUCAAACUCGGAAUAGACCCAGACUCAGUGAGUCCUGGUUCAUGCAUCAGCUCCUGGGACUUCUCCCAUGACCCCUGCGACACCCUCUUCUCCGAUAAGUUCACCUGCGGCUUCACCUGCGACACCCUCCCCUUCCCUUCACAAGUCAGUCGGGUCACUGAAAUCGCUCUUGACCAGGCCACUUACUCCGGCACCAUCUCCUCCAUUUCUUGGAACCUCCCGCUUUUGCGAUCCCUUGACCUCUCCGGCAACAACUUCUCUGGCCCUAUCCCUGCUUCUCUCUCUAACCUCACUCGCCUCACCCGACUCAUCCUCUCUACCAACUCACUCUCCGGUCCUAUUCCCGACUCCCUGUCCCGACUCACCCACCUCCAAGACCUCCUUCUCGACGCCAAUGCUCUCACUGGUCCCAUCCCCCCCAGCUUUUCCGAGUUGCUCAAUUUGAAGAGGUUGGAUAUUCAGGGCAAUCAACUCACCGGCGAGCUCCCUGACCUGAGUCCGCUCACUUCCCUCAACUCCCUUGAUUGCAGCCAUAAUUCAUUCUCAGGUCAACUUCCACCCAAUCUCCCGCCUUCUCUGCUGGAGAUAUCAAUGAGGAACAACAACCUUGGAGGACCUUUACCUUUAAAAAUAGGAAAGCUGCCAUUUUUACAAGUUCUAGACCUUAGUUACAAUCAACUGAGUGGCUCUGUCCCACCGAGUUUCUUCACUCACCCGAGUCUCCAGCAGCUGUCUCUCUCCUACAACAACCUCACGUCAGUUGAGGUGCCCACUGGACUCGGAACUCAGUCAGGACUCAUAGCGAUUGACCUCAGUAACAACCACUUGACUGGGCUGUUGCCGGGUUUCAUGGGCCUCAUGCCAAAGCUCUCAGCUCUAUCGCUGGAGAACAACACCUUCAUGGGAAUGAUACCAACCCAAUAUGCAUUCAAAGCGGUUUGGCCACAGCCUAGAAUCGCCCCAUUUCAGAGGCUAUUAUUGGGUGGGAAUUUCAUAUAUGGCCCUAUACCCGACCCGCUCAUGAAGCUCCACCCAGGUUCCAGCCUUAUUAGUUUGGUCAAUAAUUGUUUGUUGGUGUGUCCGAACACCCUUUUCUUUUGUCAAGGUGCCAAUCAAAAGUCUUUGCUGGACUGUAGAAACAACAUUGGCCCUGUUAUUCCUUGAAAAUCAUCUAUAUUAAUUAUGAUUUAUGGAUUAUUUUGCUAUAUUUGUUCUAGUGUAGACUCUUUUAUUUUCUGAUGUCUUUUUCUUUUCAAUUAAUCAAGGUCAAAAUAGACAACUCUAUAGUUUAAUUCGACACAUUUUUCAGACAAAAAGAUAAGAGUGUAGUGUUAGUACCAAGUAUAAAGGGUUUUAUAUUUUGAGGAGUUGUAGAGAAUGUAUGGACAAAAUUUUAGCAUUUUUUUUCCCACAAACUUCAUAACAACAAUCACUUCAUUCUUGCGGAGGAUUAUGAUUAUAAGGGUUACAAUUGUUUAAAAAAAAAAA